CCGGCGACUGUGAGGGAGAUUUGGGCGACUGUAAGGAAGAGAGCAGACAGGUGAUUUCUUGUCGUAAAAUAAACUAAUUCUAUCGUUUGUACCCUUUGUGCUGAGCUUAAAAUGUUUCACGUUUAUUUUUAAAUAAAUAAUGUUAAGUACGUUGGUGUGUGUGAGAGCCGGUUCCCGCAGUGUGGAUUGGCACUCAUAAAGGUUAUGAGUUGAUUUUAAAAGUGUAAACGAAUCAUUAAUUGGUGAAAAAUGGGUGAUUCGGACUUUAAUGAGCUUCUGAGGUCAGCGGAGCAGCUCUCUGCCGCUGUUGAGGGGUCUGGAGAGCUUCCCCAAGUCGAGAGAAAUCUCAGACAAAUUCUGGAGGCUUCCAAUGAGUUGUGGUCUCGUGUCACGCAAAGUGGGACGCAAGAUACACAAGUUCAAGCGCACCUGUUGUUAGGCUCCAGGGGAGUGGAUUUACCUCAAAUAUCCCAGAAAUUAAAUUCGCUUAGUGCCAGACGCACUUUUGAACCAUUGGAUCCCAUCGCUGAUACUGAUAUUGUCAGUUAUCUCAGGAAUGAGAAAGAAAAUGCUAUUUUGUCGAUUAUCGAACAGGUCCACAAGGAUACAUUUGAGCUCAAUCGAGUUCAACAAAUGGAGCAUAUGUUGGGUGAAUGGAAGCAGAUGCGUUUUGAAAUAAUAAACGCGAUGACAGCCCCCUCCGGUGAGCUGGUGGACCUCCGAGGUAUUCCCCAGCGCACAAAACUCGCUGGUUCCAUGGUCUCCGGUCUCUCCAACAUCGAGACAGCCUACGCCAAGGAGCUCCAAGCUUAUAACGACCACGUUCUUCGUGGCAUCUCUCGACCCAGUCUUUUCAACGUUUUCUCUCGAGCUGCAGAGACCUUCAACGAUAAAAAAAUUCUGGACAUGUGGAACAUGGUCAAGGUUAUGGUGAACAUCCCCGCAACCCCACGAGGCGACCAGAUAAAAUCUCGGACCAGUCCAGAAGUGGCACAAAUGAUUGUCUCCCAAGCGCGUAAAUACCUGGAGAAUCGUUACAGGGACUUCAUGAACUCGCUGGUAAACGAGAACCUAGCCCAGGCGAAGCGUGGAGGGAUUCCUGGAACAAUUCCCCUGGUCAAAAGCUUCGUGGGAAUUAGGAUUCAAAACAUGAGGGACCUGGAGGAUGCUCUCGUGGAUGACAGACCCAUCUGGCCUCUGAUCUACUACUGCAUGAGAGCUGGAGACUUCAAGGCUGCUCUUCAGUGCCUUAACCAGUGCUCCUCGUCCUUUCAGGAGUUCCGUCAGGCUCUGGAGGAAGCUUCCAACGAUCCCCAGAGACGUCCCAGUACUCGAGGGGAGUCCAUCGUUAAACUCCACUAUAGAAAGCAUGUGAGGUCUGCCACAGAUCCAUUUAAACGAGCUGCAUACUGCGCACUUGUCCCUUGUGAACCUGAUGAUCUUCAUUCUGAAGUUAUCUGCACUGCUGAUGACUAUUUGUGGCUUAAACUUUGUCAAGUGAGAGAGCAAACUGAUGCCGAGCAUAAGCUGACUCUUGAUAGUCUGCAAACAACUAUUUUGGAGGUCUAUGGGGAGAGCUAUUACCACGCUCAUGAGCAACCAUUCUUGUACUUCUCGAUGUUAUUCCUGACCGGACAAUUCGAAGCUGCAAUUGAGUUCUUAGCGAGAGGAGCUGGAGCCAAGCAUCUGCCCCAUGCAGUCCACCUAGCAGCAGCCAUGCAUGAGCAUAGCCUCCUAGCCCCAUCUCAGAGUGUUCUAGCUCCAUUGAUAACAGUAGAUCCUGGGGAUAAACCUCCAGCGAAGCGCCUGAACCUCGCUCGAUUGAUUCUACUCUAUGUGAAAAGAUUUGAAAGCUCAGAUCCCAAGGAAAGUCUUCAUUAUCUGUUUCUGCUCAGAUCCAUGAAAGAUCCGCAUGGAAGGAACAUGUUUGCAGCCUCUGCUGCGGAGAUGGUGGUGGAUGCUUCGCCGCAGAAUCGGGCAUUACUCGUGGGAAAAAUGGAUAAGGACAGAAGACUGCCUGGAAUUCUGGAUCAGUUCCAGAUCAACACUGAUGAUGUAAUCAAUAUUUGUGCUGAGACUCUGUACAGGAAGGGGCUGCUGGAGGACUGUGUGACAAUGUACGAUCUUGCUGGGAAUCAUCAAAAGGUCCUGGAGAUCAUGUGCUGUCUGUUGGCGCAGGUCGUGAGUCAGAGGAAUGUGCAAGGAUCUUUGAGGUCUAGGUUGCAGGCAAUUGGGACUGAUAUCAGUCUGAGGUAUCAGGGCAUUGCUAUACAGGUCUCAGCAGAGUUGGUCGCUGCAUUCUAUACUCUAAGAGAUCUUAUGGUCUUCUUCGAUCAGUUCCACGACGAACAGCAUCAGACAGCUUUGAGGACAAUUGCUGAUUCGAAACUGCUGCCCCUCAAUGUCAGGGAGGUCGAUGAGAGGGUCACUGCACUGAGAAGAGUGUCCCCAGAGGUUGCUGGCACUCUUUCUGAUGUGCUUCUGGCUACUAUGACGAUUAUCUACAGACAGUACCAGAAGAUGAGGUCGUCAGAGCCUGGGGAUGAAGUCGCAAGGGAACAGCAGCUCAGGGACCUAAGGGAGCAGGCCAGGGCCUUGACGAGUUUUGCUGGGACACUUCCAUACAGAAUGCCCAAUGAGACGAAUAGUAAACUUGUGCAGAUGGAGAUCCUCAUGCAUUGAGGGCAAUGACCUUCUGAUUUUUUGUGGAUUUUGAGUAGAGUAAUUUAAGUAUUUUUGUGCUGAUAUUUUGGAUAUAGAUUUUUGUAAGUUCGACAGAUUGUUUCAGUGAAUAUACGCAAAUUCAUAAUUA